AUGGCACCCAAAGGAAAGGUCUACAGGGGAUCCGUGAAGGAUUUCCCAGGCUUUGAUGCCAGCCAGGACGCAGAGGCCUUGUACAAUGCCAUGAAGGGAUUUGGCAGUGACAAGGAGGCCAUCCUUGAUCUCAUCACAUCCAGAAGCAACAAGCAGCGAGUGGAGAUCUGCCAAGCCUACAAGUCCCUCUAUGGGAAGGACCUCAUCGCAGACCUCAAGUACGAGCUGACGGGGAAGUUUGAGCGGCUGAUCGUGAGCCUGAUGCGGCCUCCAGCUUACAGUGAUGCCAAGGAGAUCAAAGAUGCCAUCGCGGGCAUCGGCACGGAUGAGAAGUGCCUCAUUGAGAUCCUCGCGUCCCGCACCAACCAGGAGAUCCACAACCUGGUGGCUGCCUACAAAGACGCCUACCAGAGAGACCUGGAGGCUGACAUCGUUGGAGACACAUCAGGCCACUUCAAGAAGAUGCUCGUCGUUCUGCUUCAGGGCACCAGGGAGGAGGACGACGUGGUAAGCGAGGACCUGGUGGAGCAGGAUGCCAAGGACCUGCUGGAAGCUGGCGAGCUGAAAUGGGGCACAGACGAGGCCCAGUUCAUCUACAUCCUUGGUCGGCGAAGCAAGCAGCACCUCCGCCUGGUCUUUGACGAGUACCUGAAGAUUUCCGGGAAGCCGAUUGAGAGGAGCAUCCGGGGAGAGCUGUCUGGUGACUUUGAGAAGCUGAUGCUGGCCGUGGUGAAGUGCAUCAGAAGCACAGCAGAGUAUUUUGCUGAAAGGCUCUACAAGGCCAUGAAGGGGCUGGGCACAAGAGACAACACGCUGAUCCGCAUCAUGGUGUCGCGCAGUGAGAUUGACAUGCUGGACAUCCGGGAGGUGUUCAGGACCAAGUAUGAGAAAUCUCUCUACAACAUGAUAAAGGAGGACACCUCCGGGGAGUACAAGAAGGCCCUGCUGAAGCUGUGCGGAGGAGACGAUGAGUAA